AUGACUCAACUAACGCACUUCGGAGCUGCCCGUUGGAGAUGUGUCCACUGUGGAGUUUGGAGUGUGCACGCUAGGGUUAGGGUACCUGCAUUUCGCUUGGCAGCCCCUGAGAGGCACGAGAUCUCGGAGCGACGACUUGACGUGUUGCAGUGCGGGAAUGAUAUUGGUUUUGGCAUACCGGUGUGUCACAGUCUGGACAACAUGGACAUCUGGUCUUUUCUGAGCUCAUGCCCCGGCCAGGGUGCUCUUUUGACGACAGCAGAUCCAUAUCAUGAGCAGGAAAUCUUGACCGCCUGGUUCACGUUUCAAAAGACUGUCGACAUGGCGAGCUUGUUUGGUCUCUUGCUGCUUCUGUCAGCGGCUCUUCCUUGCUCCUUUGCUGUUUCUCAGUGGAAUGAGGAAGUCGUGAACGGCAUCCCUUACCGUACCUUUUACCACGCGGACACCAACAGCAAGCUUUCGAUAGUCAGUAACUCUGGUAUCUGCGAGACAACCCCCAAUGUGAAUCAACUCAGCGGAUACAUUCGCAUCAGCGAGGACAUCAACCUCUUCUUUUGGUUCUUUGAGUCUCGCAACAGCCCUGCAACCGCCCCUUUGGCUCUGUGGCUCAACGGUGGCCCAGGAUGCAGCUCGAUGCUUGGUCUCUUUGUCGAACAUGGGCCUUGUCGUUUUCCUGAUGGAUCGCCAGCGGGAUCUGACCCAGUGUUGAAUGAAGAGAGCUGGAACAGCUACGCCAACAUGCUCUACCUUGAUCAGCCCGUUGGUGUGGGCUUCAGCUAUGGGGUAGGCCAAGUCAACGCCACCACCCAGGGCUCAAUCUAUGUGUGGACAUUUCUGCAGGCCUUUCUUGCUGCCAAGCCUGAGCUAGCCAAGUCACAGUUUGGCCUCUUCACUGAGAGCUAUGGCGGACAUUACGGGCCGGACAUCGUCCGCUUUAUCCAGCAGCAAAACAAGGUCGUAGACCAAAACGUUUCCAACGCAGUCAAGAUCGACAUUAUCGCCUUGGGAAUCAACAAUGGCUGGGUCGACCCCAAGCUCCAGUUUCCUGCGUACCUCGAUUUUGGACUCACCAACAACUACAGGCAACUUGUGAAUCAGUCGCAGUAUUCAACUGGAAUCACUCUAUACCAACAACGAUGCGUUCCGGCAUUGCAAAACUGCACCGUGACCGCAGGGACAGCGGAAGAUUGCAACCAUGCCCACAACACCUGUUACGAUGCGUUGGGUCUCUUUACCGUGGAGCUCCAGCGAUUCGACCUGUACGACGUCAGAAGGGUCGACACAUGGACUGGGAUCCCAGGAACAGAUAUGUACCAUGAGUAUCUGGCGAGGUCUGACGUGAAGGAUGCCAUUGGCGCUCAGCGCGACUAUACCGAGUGUUCCGACGUCGCCUGGGGGCUGUUUGACAGUACCGGAGACCCAUCGAGAUCCUUCCUCGGUGAGCUGAGCGAGGUUGUCCAGUCAGGUGUGAGAGUGCUGUUGUGGGCCGGGGAUGCCGACUAUCUUUGCAACUGGAUGGGCAAUCUUGCUGUUGCGAACGCGAUUGACUAUUCUGGGCAGCUUGACUUUGUCAAGAGAGGCAUGAGCGCCUAUCAAGUCAACGGAACAUCUUUCGGCGAGUUCAAGACGGUCGAGAACUUGAGCUGGCUUCGAGUGUAUAGUGCGGGGCAUCUUGUAUCCUCGGAUCAACCCCGAGCCGCACUGCAGGCAUUCCGCCAGACCAUGGAAAACAGACCACUGGAAGCAACUUGA